AUGUUUAUCCAUAGCCAUUUAAGCUCUCUAUUUACCUAUAAUUCUCUUCUACCAUCUUAAUAGGGAGGUCUGAUCCCAUUUAUCUCCAGGGCUAGCAUCACCCAAGGUAUCACAAAGUAUCUCAACUCAAAUAAAGGAUGGCGAUUAUCAGAGUCUAGGAAUGGGUGCUAUAAAGAGUAGAAAUAUAUCAUAGCAGACAUAAGUACUAAAACUGAAAUGAGACUUAUUCUUACACUGGCACUACUAGCAAUAUCAAGUACAGAUAGCAGAUUUAGGCAAGAUGGAUGGACAUUGAAUGAUGCUCUUAGUGGCCAAGGACUAUGGAUCCAUUAUUGUACUUUACAAAGGCUAAAAAUAUAAAGUACUAAUACUACUGUCAAAGCUAAAGUCUCAGUGUAAAACAAAAACAUAAAAGUAAAGUUAAAGGGCAUUAGAAGGUUGAGAUUGACAGUACCAAGUAUCAAGCUAUUGAGAUAUCUAAUGACAUUUACUGACUCAGGGUUAUUAGUAUCAAAUAUAAAGCCAAAUAAUCUCAAUAUUUCUCCCAAGACAUAGCCAAGAUAGUAUAAUCCUGGAGGUGUGGUGAUUUUAGGAUCCCAUUUUAAGAAGUCCCUAUCAACUAGAUACUACUCAACCAUCUUAAGAUGA